AUGGAGGGAUCAUCUUCAAUUCAGUCGCUCCCAGAUGAACUGGUCGAAAAGAUUGGGGAUCUGAUAGGAAUGGCAGAUAUGAAAUCCCUUCGACUUACCUGUCGUGCGAUGGGCGCUCUCUUUCAACCCGCUGUUCUGAGGCGCAUAGUCAUCAAAAUUCACGGCGGCAAUCUACAGAGAAGCAUUCCGAAGUUGCAAUCGCUCUCUGAAUCGCCCAGCUCUCCGUCGAAGGAGCUCAUACGCGAACUCCAAAUCGACGACCUUAUCCCAAUGGACGACUAUGAAGGAAGAGGACACUUCUUGAAGCAGUAUGCCGGGCAGGUAACAGAUGUUUCGGAACCUGAGGCAGAAGAGGGAACUGGCAAGGAGGCUGAGGAGGUCAUCAAAGACUGCCUACCAAUCGUGAUUACAUCCCUUCUUGGAUUGAACAAGCUCGUAUGGAGAAUAAGCGCGGAAACGCCCAUGUGGGCCCUCGACAUUGUCGCCCACGCGAUCCACCAGUUUGGUCACAGGCUUACCAGCUUUGACCUAGAAAUAGGCGUAUGGGAAGAUUUCACACCGGAGCUCGCGGGCUUUCUCAGAGGACAAGACUGGAAAUUUCCAAACCUCCAGCAUCUCACUAUCAGGGCUGGAGGACUAUUGACAUAUCCCGCCGAACCGUCUAUCGUGCCGUGGGUCUUGGAAACACUGAAGUCCUCCAGCUCCACUUUGGCCUCACUGGACAUCGACAUGCCUUGUCAGUACCUUGGUCUGCAUGAUUUGGCACCUUGUGUUGGACCAAGCCUCACGGACAUCACCUUGACGUCGAUAGGGACCACUUUAGUACCCACAGAAUGUCGUCUCCCAUCCAAUUUCCGAAACCUCGUGUCGUUAGACCUAUCCGGCCGCCACAACUGCAGGGACGUAUCCGGUACGAGAGGCAGUGUCUGGACGGCACUCCAGAACGCGCAUGUAUGGUUCAGAAAACUCCACGUCCACGGAGUAACUGAACCCCUGCUUGCCUACCUGUCUGCUCACCCUGGGCCGCUCGAGGACUUGGCUCUGCUCAACUCCGACACGUCUGGGGAAGAACAAUCCAAUGAGUUUGCAAGGACUAUCUUUACCUCCAUCCUACCAAAGCACAAAGCUGAUCUCAAACAUCUCCUCCUCGACACCAAUCGACAAUGUGAGUGGUGUAUCACCGAGCAAACUCUCUCCGAACACCUCCAGGGAUUCGUUCGCCUUGAAUAUUUGUUGAUCUCCGUGGCUGGUGAAACCGUCCUGGCUCCUACAUCAGCGGAUGGAUCGGAAAAGAUCAUACCGGAAUUUAUUGGAAGUCUCUUGAACUCCUGUGCCAGAGGCCAGUUCCCAAGUCUGGAAUGUCUCAAGCUCACUGAUGCUAUACCAGAGGAUUGCCUUGGGGUUCGGAAUACUACUCGUCGGCAGAAGAAGAAAGAAAGAAUCAUGGUCGCAAUUCGGCAGGCCGUCCAGGACUAUGCCUACGCGCUGGGGGAAGGUGGUGUGGAAUACGUCAAGCCUUCGCUUCCUGCAGAAGUAGAAGUAUUUGUGACAAGUUCUCCCGUCAAGUGGACUUUGACUUGUCGUGACGGAGACCCGCACCGACCUUCGAGUAUCAAAGUAUGGUCUUACAAGCCAAGAAGGACAGCUUACUAG